AAUUGUACCUCCACACACAUUUCCCACUCACUCUCUCUUUCUUCUUCUGAAUUUGUUUCAUCCAUCUGAAAUGAGUGGUGAUCAUCAAGGAUUCAUGGCGUUUGGGCGGAUUCGAGCUGAUGAACAGGAGGAGGAGGAUAGGAGGCCGGAAGCGAAGAGGAUGCGACAGACGAUGCCGUCAUUUGUACCAAUUACUAGAGGGGCCAUUGCUGCUGAGAAGAUUCGGAAACUCAGUUUGGGCCUUGAACCAUUUUUUCGCAAGGCGGUUCAGGAGGAACUGGAAAGAAGUCUUUCUAAGCAUGGUCACCUGCUAAAUUCCCCACACAGAUCACCUCCACUUCUUGUCAACUCCGUCGAUCCAUCGCCGUCGCUGAAGCUCGCCUUCGCCAAGCCGCUGCUGCUCCCAAUCUUCACCAACAACAAGCUCGUCGACGUCGACCGCGACCCUCUCCAAAUCCACCUCCUCGACAUGAACAUGAGCACGAACACCUCUCAUCAUCUUGGCCUUGCUACCGGCUCACCCAUGGCGAUCAGGCUGGAGGUGGUCGUGCUAGACGGCGACUUCAGCCACGACGACAGCGACCGGGAAGGGUGGAGCAGCGACGAGUUCAGCGGUGCGGUGGUGAAGGAGAGGCAGGGCAGGAGGCCGCUGCUGGUUGGCACGCUGAGCGGCGUGGCGAUGGACGGUCGCCGUGGCGUCGCCGUCAUCGACGACGUGGUGUUCACCGACAACUCGAGCUGGACCAGGAGCAGGAGGUUCAGGAUCGGCGUGCGCGCCAUGGCGGGAUCGGGGCCGGGGCCGGGGCCGAGGAUCCGGGAGGCGGUGAGCGAGAGCUUCGUGGUGAAAGAUCACCGAGGAGAACUGUACAAGAAGCAUUUCCCUCCAAAGCCAAAUGAUGAGGUGUGGAGGCUGAAGAACAUACGCAAAGAUGGGCCGAUCCACAAGAGGCUGGAGUCUGAACAUGUCUGCGACGUGCAGGGUUUUCUGAACCUGCAUGACACCAACCCUGCAAAGCUCAAGAAGCUCGUUGUCAUGUCCGAUCGGCUGUGGAAGGCAACCCUGCACCACGCGAAAACAUGCGAUUUCGGAGCUGUAGAAACGAUUCAAGUGGAGCAAUGCUCUGUCCAGUCAUACCAGAAUUGGGAUCAGCUGGAGGAAGCUGUGACAAGCAGGGCAGCCUCAGAUGCAGAGAAUGGCCUGGUGGCUUCAAGAAAUCUUGAUCAGGCACAUGAAGCAUCACUAAACACUCCAGAUUUACACAGUCUAUCACUACAGGCAGAAGAGAUGAGCACGAUCACAGGGCCUCAUUGCAAGUGCAGAGACCAGCUGGACUCUCAAGAUCCUUUGGCUGCUGUAACUGAAGAUGCUGCAAUGUGGAGCCCUUGCAUCUGGAUGGAACAGCAACAGUUCAGUGUGGGACCAGAACUGAUCUAGCACACUCUGCUUAAUUAAUUAAAUCUCCAAUUUUUUCUGCGCUUUGCCUGAUUAUGAAGGGCCCAUAUCUGUACAAAUUAACAACCAUCCUAAUUGCAGCACCACUUUUUGUAGCAUCCUGUUAUUUUCUUUUCUUUUCUUUUCUUUUUUUCUGUGCAGUAGACAGCAUGAUAUUACAGUACCACUACUGUCCAUGCAUGAAAGAAUCCUGGGUGUAGAUAGUAAUUUGUACAGCCAGAGAAUAUGGUGAUGUUAAUAUGCAAACAGUUGAAAUCAUUGCAUUUGAUUUGCAAUUAAUAUU